UCCUUUCCUCGAGUUCAUCGGUCGCAUUUGCGUAAACACACUUAUCUUUAUAAAUUCAAGAUUGUGAUACCAGAAAUAGUCCAGAUAAAACAGCAUCGUAUGGCGUUUACAGAUAAUCAGUGAACCGCGUAGUGAUAUACGUGAAAGUUACAGUGAAUUUAGUGCGUAGCACGAAAGAUGACGGAACAAGCGAAGUUCGAGGGGAACUCUGACCCUAGUUUGUCGAAUGCAGCCCUGACGCCUGGGGGAGAUGUGCCCGCCUUCAGAAAUCCGAUCCCAUCUACCUCAUUUGCAAAUAGUACUUUAGGAACCCCAGUUUUACCACCUAGGCCUGACUUGGCUGUACAACCUUCUUAUUCUAUGACCCCUGGGUAUUCUUACGGGGGGAUGAAUUCGUACGGUAUGGGUGGUAUGGGGAUGGGAGGGAUGGGAUACAGUAAUUAUGGAUAUGGGGGUUUUGGAGGUGGCUAUGGGAUGGGGGGUAUGGGAGGUAUGGGUGGUAUGUCACCUUAUGGGGGAUACAACAGAUAUGGACCAAUGUAUGGCGAUAUUGAGAACAGAUUCAUCCAAAUGGCAGAAGAAAGCUCUCGGCCUGCCUUUGAUUCAAUACAAAGUCUAGUCAAUGCAGUCGGCAGUGUUGCCAUGAUGCUUGAAAACACAUUUUUUGCUCUCACCAGCUCGUUCAGAGCUAUAUUAGGUGUAGCAGAGAACUUUGGUCGCCUAAGAUCGCUGUUCGCGCAGUUCUGGUCGACGUUCGCCGUGGUGCGAUCUCUGAACUGGCUCGUACGGAAACUGAUGGUCAUGCUUGGGAUUAGGACUGAGAACGAGUUCAAGGCAUGGGCCGAAGCAGUGGCGGCUACGCAAACCGGCACAGGCACGCCCGAGCAACGUGCCAAGGGGGCUAGCUGGCCUAUUCUCCUAUUCUUCGGAGUGGUUGCUGCAGCGCCAUACAUAGUGCUGAGAAUGAUGAGUGGGCUCACCACAAGCGUGAAUGAGAGACUAAAUGACCCAACAUCCUGGCAGAACCCGCUUCGUUCCGUGGCCCAAUACGAAUUCCAAGCCACUACACCCCAGGAGCUUAGCUUCCGGAGCGGCCAGGUCAUCCUCCUCGCACCACAAUAUCUUCAGGGCCAGCUGUGGAACAGUGGCUGGCUCAUGGGUAGCACGGACAGACAGACAGCUGGGCUAGUACCGGUGAAUUAUAUCAAAGUUAUCAAGCCGGAGGAAAAAGAUGAGAAAUGUAUGGAGGAGAUGGAUAAGCAUUUUAAGCAGGAGUUGUGAUGUUACUGAUUUUUUGACUCAAAUGAGUAUUUAGAUAUUUGUUUGAGAUGCAAUAUAAUGACUAUGGCGUCUGGUAAAUUUCACCAUAUAUACUAACGCCAUCUAGCGAAACUCUUUUUCAAAUGUCCACAACUUUGCAGAGAUAAGCAGUCUAUUAUCUUUGGUAUUAGCGUAAAUUUAAAUAACAUAUUGUAAAUCUGAAACACUUUUCGAUUAUUAUUGUUUGUAUGACGUCAUUAUUUAUCCGGGAAAACUGUAAGUGUCGUUUUAUUCCCUGUUAAUUAAAAACAAACUUCGGUCCCCUUCAUAAUAUACAAGAGUUUUCGUCUGUGGUAAAUGAGUAGAGUUAGACCAAGAAAAUUCUGCAGCGAUUUUGAUAGCCCACGCG